AUGGAGGUGGAGUCGAGCUCGCAUGGCGCCGGCGACGAGGCUGCGAGCAAGUUCUCGCUGCCGGUGGACUCGGAGCACAAGGCCAAGUCCUUCAGGCUCUUCUCCUUCGCCAACCCGCACAUGCGCACCUUCCACCUCUCCUGGAUCUCCUUCUUCACCUGCUUCGUCUCCACCUUCGCUGCGGCUCCGUUGGUGCCAAUCAUCCGCGACAACCUCAACCUCGCCAAGGCCGACAUCGCGCCUUCCUCGUCAUGCUCGCGGCGCCCACCGUCUUCUGCAUGUCCCUCAUCGAUGAUGCGGGCUGGCUGGGGCAACAUGGGUGGCGGUGCCACUCAGCUCAUCAUGCCACUCGUCUUCCACGCCAUCCAAAAGUGUGGUGCCACGCCCUUCGUAGCAUGGCGUAUUGCCUACUUUGUGCCUGGAAUGAUGCACAUCGUGAUGGGCUUGAUGGUGCUCACCAUGGGGCAAGAUCUUCCUGAUGGAAACCUUGCCAGCCUCCAGAAGAAGGGGGACGUGGCCAAGGACAAGUUCUCCAAGGUCCUUUGGGGCGCCGUCACCAACUACCGGACAUGGAUCUUCGUCCUCCUUUACGGAUACUGCAUGGGUGUUGAGCUCACCACCGACAACGUCAUCGCCGAGUACUACUUCGACCACUUCCACCUUGACCUCCGGACUUCCGGCACCAUCGCCGCAUGCUUCGGCAUGGCAAACCUCGUCGCUAGGCCCAUGGGUGGCUACCUCUCCGACCUCGGCGCCCGCUACUUCGGCAUGCGUGCCCGCCUUUGGAACAUAUGGAUCCUGCAGACCGCCGGUGGCGCUUUCUGUCUCUGGCUGGGCCGUGCGAAAGCCCUCCCUGAAUCAGUCACCGCCAUGGUCCUCUUCUCCGUCUGCGCCCAGGCAGCAUGCGGCGCAGUCUUCGGUGUCAUCCCCUUCGUCUCCCGCCGCUCCCUCGGCAUCAUUUCAGGCAUGAGCGGAGCCGGUGGCAACUUUGGCGCCGGGCUGACACAAUUGCUGUUCUUCACGUCGUCGAAGUACGGCACCGGCAGGGGGCUCGAGUACAUGGGUAUCAUGAUCAUGGCCUGCACGCUCCCUGUGGCGCUCGUGCACUUCCCACAGUGGGGAUCCAUGCUCUUGCCACCCAACGCCAACGCCACCGAGGAGGACUUCUACGCGGCCGAGUGGUCGGAGGAGGAGAAGAAGAAGGGUCUCCAUAUCCCUGGCCAAAAGUUCGCCGAGAAUUCCCGCUCAGAGCGUGGCAGGCGCAACGUCAUCCUUGCCACGGCCGCCACACCCCCCAACAACACUCCCGAGCACGCAUAA